AUGGCUGCCUCGACUAUCAUCCCAGCAGUGGAGUACGUGCCCGUGGACACUGAUCUCCAGAAGCUGCACGAGGCUUUCAAGACCUAUCGUGAUCUCCCAGCAGACAUCUAUGGGCUGGCCAUAGCGGUCAGUGUCGUCGACCUUCCGGAAGUGAUCACCUGCAGAGCGACGAAGGCUCAGACAGCGGGUGUCCUUUUCGGAUUCACCGCCCUGAGCGUGAACCUGUGGCUGCAAGGACUAAUCCUGUACUAUGUGAACCACUACAUUGUGCAAGGUGCAGUUCACGAAGCGCAGGAAAACUACGCCGAAUUCCACAGAAAGGUUUUCGAUGAGGAUGGCAAUUUCUUGCAUGAUGUGUGGCAAACCUAUGACACGGACAAGUACGCGGCCCUUUGCAAUAUGGCAGUCAGCAAGCUGUACUUCUCCUGUGGCAUCGUCUUCCUAUGGACCGCACGGAUGCUCGCCGAGGUGAAGCAGUCGCUCCACCUGAUGCACGAUCUUUAUUGCAUUCCUCAGCUGCCACUGUCCGCGACGGCAAAGCAGAUGGUGUAUCAGGUCAGAGAUGGUGACGAGAUCGAGCGCUUCGAGAUAUUGGCUCUGAACAGAAUGGUGCGGAUUAUGCUGACCGUCCUGAUCGCUUUGCCAAAGAUUGGAGUGGCUUUCAUUCUCAUGCUCAGCGGCUGCCGCUGGCUGGCCGCCACCCAGUCCUUUGGAGAUCUCAUCCUGAACGCACUGGCUCUGGAAUUUGUGAUCGGCAUUGACGAACUCAUGUUCGAGGCAUUCACGCCCGAGCAGACUCGUAGCUUCAUCGAGCAGACGAAGAUUGCAUACCCAAGGGAGGGCGAAGGGGGCAUCCAGAACGAAUCCAGUAUGUCGCUUCUCCUGAACACGCUGGGGAUCAUCCUGAACCUUGCGUGGUCGUACAUGUACUUGAACGACUGGCAGCAGGUCCUGCCGAAUUUCUCUCACGACAUUCGAGCCCACUGUCAAAGCAGGUUUGCCGAGAUGUACACGCUAAAGUGCCCCUUCAUGGGAGAUCCGGAUGAGUGCUUUCCGUUCGGCGAGUGA